UACACAGAAUCUGGGGGUGAAAACAAAGGGAAGAAAUCAGAAGUUCACGAAAAUUUCAUUUCUUUAAGAAAGGCGUUAAGCCCCAUCUUUUCUUUCUUUCUUUUUUCUUGAACUGUUUUCCAGAUUGGUAAUUUUCUUUUUCUUUUUUAAAUAUAUUUUUUUCCUUUCUGCCAAUUAAACAAUGAAAAUGGCAUAUUACCAAUCAUCCUUUCCCCUCUAUAGGAAACACCCAUCAUUGCUGCCAACAAUCCUUUUCAUUUCAACCUUAGAAACCUGAGCUUCUAAGAUAUUCCUUCCCCUUCCUUUCCUUUCUAUUUCUUCUUCUCUCCCUCUCUUUCAACCUUCUUCUCCACUUUCCUUUGUUGCUUUUUCAACAAUGGAUGCAUCUUCUACAAGCUCAGUCAAUGGGUUCUAUACCUUCUUGACUCGUGGCAUAGAUGAUCUUGAACGUGUUUAUCUCUCUAAUAACUUCAUGUCCAUCCAAUUCCUUCAAAGGGUUCUUUCCCUUCUCCGAUCUUUCCAUUCCCAGCUACUCCUCCUCGUCCAAAAACUCCACCUUCCAGUCGGUGAUAAGUGGCUCGAUGAAUACAUGGAUGAAAGUUCUAAGCUCUGGGAAGCUUGUCAUGUUAUUAAAUCAGGCAUCUCCGGCAUCGAAAAUUAUUACUCGGCUGGCUUUAACAUCAUUUCUUCUUUUGAUAAUCAUCGCCAUCUUACUCACCAGCUUUCUAGACAGGUAAUCCGGGCAAUUUCGGCGUGCCGCAGGGAAGCUGUGGGAUUGGAAGAAGAAAACAGGGCGUUGAUGGAAACGAGAAUCCAACCGCUUUCGUUAAGGUUUGACGAGAAAGUUUCGAUCGAAUCAAAGCUGAACGGGUUCAAUGGUUUCCGAGGAGUUUUAUACGCAAUGAGGAAUGUAAGCUCGUUGCUCCUAAUGAUCUUGUUGUACGGACUAGUUUAUUGUCGAACGGAAUCCAGUUUCCUACGAGGAGGAUAUGAAGGGUGUCUAAUUUUCGGAUCAGCUUUCAUGAUCUCAACGGGGAGAUUGCAGCAAAGAGUGGCCGCAGAGAUCAACCAAAUGAAUGGGAGGCCGGGGAUAUUGCUUUAUGAGUUCAGGAGAUCGAAGUUGGCAAUGGAGGAGCUGAGAGGGGAGCUGGAGCGGAGGGGCGGCGGAGGGGUGGAGGAGUGGGAAACGGAGGUAGGGGGGAUAAGGGAAAGGGUUGAGAACUUGAAAGGGUGGUUUGGGGUGUUGAGAUCUGGUGCUGACAACAUUGUUGUGCAACUUGAUGAUUUCUUUGAUGAGAUUGUUGAAGGGAGGAAGAAGCUUUUGGACUUUUGCAGUCAUAGGUAGAGAAGAAAAGAAGAUUAAAUUAUAAAAAAAAAUGUAGGAUGGUUGAAAAAAAAAAGUUACAAAAAUACUUGAUAGAAGAAGGUUGUUGUUGUACCUUUUGACCCUUCUCUUCUUUUCUUUUUCUUUUUUCAAAAAAAAAAAAGAUUCUCUUUUUAUUUUUCA